CUGAGAGGCUAGAGCAGGCAUCAAAAGGCAGCGACUCGCUCUCUUUCCCCCACCAUCACUUACCGCAGUUGUCAUCCGCAAUGGCUUUCAACUCCACUGCAUCGGCUCACAUGGCCUCCCUGUACGGGACUACGGACUUUUCUUCUUACUCCUGGCUGGAGCAGAAAUGGGCAGCAUGGUACAUCUACAUGGGCAAUCCCAUUCUUGCUACGGGCUUGAUGAGUUUCCUCCUUCACGAGAUUGUAUACUUCGGACGUUGUAUACCAUGGGUCAUCAUCGACUCUAUCCCAUAUUUCCGUCGCUGGAAGCUACAGGCAAACAAGAUUCCCACGGCCAAGGAACAGUGGGAAUGCACCAAGCAGGUCCUGUUCUCUCAUUUCAUGGUGGAGCUGCCUGUGAUUUGGCUGUUCCAUCCCAUGGCGGAGGUCUUUGGCAUGCGGACAUACGAGAUUCCUUUCCCACCUCUCAAGGAGAUGCUUCCUCAAGUGUUCCUGUUCUUCGUCUUCGAGGACAUGUUCCACUACUUCGCGCACCAGGCGCUCCAUUACGGCCCGCUGUACAAGCACAUCCACAAGAUCCACCACAAGUACUCGGCUCCCUUCGGCCUGGCUGCAGAGUAUGCCCAUCCCGCUGAAGUCGCCAUUCUGGGCACUGGCACGAUCGCUGGGCCCCUGCUGUACUGCAUGAUCACCAGCAACUUGCACAUAGUCACCAUGUACCUCUGGAUUGUCCUGCGGCUCUUCCAGGCUGUUGAUGCCCACAGUGGAUAUGACUUCCCCUGGUCUCUGCAGCACAUCGUUCCUUUCUGGUCUGGUGCCGAGCACCACGACUUCCACCAUAUGGCAUUCACGAACAACUACAGCACGUCGUUCCGGUGGUGCGACCGCAUCUUCGGCACGGACGACAAGUACCGUAUCUACCGCGCUCGCGUCGAGGCAGCCAAGAAAUCGAUGGCCAACGCGUCGAAGGCUGAUCACGACGAGCUCGAGCGCAAGCUCAUGGCCGAAGUCGAGGCUGAAGGCCUGCUCGCGGAGGCUGAGGUCAUUCGCAACGCAGAAAAGUCUACCAAGAGGGAUUAGACGUCCGCUUUACAUAUUUUAUACUUGACUAUUCUGGAUGAGACGUAGAGUAAUCGCACUCAAUCAAUUGAGUGUACCAAGCCUCAGAGAAAAGCGUGGAUUCAUUUUCUUUGUCCAGACUGUCUGAUCUACUAUGCUCUCCCCGAAGGCGUCCUUCUGGACUGGACGCCCCCAGUCAAUGUUAUUGGGAAGUGGUGAUAUGCGGCUGCUCGUUGUGUUCAGAAGUGUCCUGAGGCGGAGCGGCUUGGCCAGUGACAAUUUCGAUGACAGUAGCAGUCUGGGACAAGUCUCCGUCUUCCCUAGUCGGCAAAGCAGGCCGAUCCCGGCGCGUGCCGAUGAGCCAAUCGACCGUAUCGUGGCGUGACAACGUCACCAUGAGCGAGCGAGUGCGGGAUUGCAUAUUGCCGCUGAGCGUGAAGAACGGGAUCGAAAGACCGUCUACCGCGAAUGAGAAGGAGCCAGUAACUUGUAUAUGAAAGCACGCACGGACGAUGAUCGACCCCAGCACGACAAAUGCGACGAUGGGUUGUAUCGUGGCAGCCAGAAGCUCUUGUUGAUCCGCUGGUGGAUUGUUUGGCCGAGGAAGUCGCGACGCGGCAAGCGUGGACACAAAAAC